AUGCAAGAGUUAUGUAGCAAGGUCAAGACUCAAGGAGUGUCGUUUAUUCAACAAUACUACCUUAACAAAGGGCUAAAGCUAUUCAAAGAUUGCGGCAAAAAGGCUGCCAUCAAAGAAUUGGAUCAGCUUGUCAAACAACAAUGCUGGGAUCCAGUCCAUGUUGAAGAGUUGACCAAGAAGGAAAAGGAAAAGGCUGUUGGAGCAAUGAUACUCCUAGCCAAGAAGCACACUGGUGAAGUUAAGGGACGUUGUGUCUACAAAGAUAGACCCAGGAUACUGCAACUAUGUUAUGUACAAGAAAGGCAAGAGGGUACUCUAUGUUGUAAUCUUCAGGGCUGUCUAUGGUAUGCUGGUCGCAUCUCUACUCUUCUACAAGAAAUCCGUGCAGAUCUCGAAGGAGUUGGAUUCAAUUUCAAUCCUUAUGACCCCUUCUUUCCAUGUGGACGAUUUGUUGUCAAGCCACACAAUGCCAAAAGUCAAUGGUUGAAUGAGACCUAUGGAUCUUACAAGGAAUGCACUUCCACUCGUGGAAAGGUGCAUGUAUACCUUGGGAUGACACUAGAUUUCUCGAAGGAAGGCAAGCUGAAGAUUUGCAUGGACGACUACAGAAAGCAAAUUGGAUGA